ACACGAAAUCUUUCUUCUUUUGAAUCGUGUGAAAAAAUAAAUAUCGAUUGUGAUAAAUAAAACAAUGAUAAUAUAAAGUACAAGAGAUUUUGAUACAAAAUUGAACACUGUUCUAUCCCUGUAACUGAAAAACUAAAUUUUCUAAUUUCUAGAUGGCACUCAGUUCCAUUUUACAAGCUAUUCAAAAUGCCAUGAACAUCCCUGAAUUGCGAAGUACUAGCAUGAUUUUAACGGUAAUAGUAUCUCUUUGUGCUCUUUGUGGAAUAGCAUACUUUUUUGCUGGCAGAAAGAAAUACAAACUACCUCCUGGCCCAACUGGCUUGCCAAUUGUGGGUUAUUUACCAUUUGUGGGUAAGGAACCACAAAAGACAUUUGCUGCACUUGCCAAAAAGUAUGGAAAUGUGUUUGGGCUCUACCUUGGAAGGAAGUAUAAUGUUAUUCUCAACGACUGGACAUCAGUUAAAGACGCCUUCAGCCAAACUGCUACUGCCAAUAGACCGGAAGAUUUCUUUGGUCUGCUGCCUGACGGUUUCGAAAUCAAUGAGUUGGUGAAUCUGAUACAACAAGAGCAUGGAAAGCCCUUGGAUGUCUCUGAGGUUUUCUCAUCUACUUUUGCUAACAACAUAAUGACAUUGCUGUUUGGAAACCGACUACCUCUUGGCCACCCGGUUACGCUUGCAGUGAGUCAACAUGUCGAUUUGGUAGUAAGAUCGUUUCUUUCAGUAUCAGUUACCGCCGUUUUCCCUUGGUUGGUCAAAGUUCUUGGGAAAAUAGGAACCUACAAUUAUUCUAUACCUCUGAAAAAAUUAUCCGAAUUCAACCAAUUAAUUACUAAAAUGAUCAUGAAUAGAAAUGAGAAAGAAAGUGAUGAUAACUUCGUGGACACGUACUGCAAUGAAAUGAAACUAAAUAUUAAAAGCAAAAUGUCCACCAGUUUCACAGAAACCUAUCUGCGCGGCAACACUCAAACUCUGCUAAUCGGAGGCAGCGAUUCAACAAGGUCCAGUCUUAUAUACCUGCUAAUGGCGGUGGCACAGUUUCCUGAGAUACAAAAGAAAGUACAUGAAGAACUGGAUCACGUACUGGGAAAAGACGGAUGUAUCAAAUGGGCUGAGCGGUCAAAAGUUCCCUAUACUUACGCAGUCAUCAUGGAGUCCAUGAGGUGGUACACAUUGGUGCCAAUAAACAGUAUUCGAAUGGCAAGCGAAGACAUAAAAGUACAGGGUUACGACAUACCAAGAGGCACUUACAUCUUAGGGAAUACAUGGCUUCUCCAUAACGAUCCAAAAUAUUGGCCCGAACCUGAGAAAUUCAUUCCAGAGCGUUACUUGUUGGAUGACGGAAAGCGGGUUAAUUACCAGCCAGACAGCUACAGUCCAUUUUCAUACGGAAAAAGAAGUUGUCCUGGUGAAAUGGUGGCUUUGGUAUCAUUACUGCACUACUUUACUACUAUAAUGCAAAAGUUCAAAGUUCUACCAGAAGGAGAAAAAAUAGAAUACGGAACAAUUCUUGGCCUCACUUGCCAACCGACGGAUGUAAAACUUCGUUUCAUUGCUAGAGAAUAAUUUUUUCAAUGAACUCUGAUUACGAGGAAAUAAAGAAGAAUCAAAUAAAUUCGAUUUUUAAAAACUGAUAUUAUGAACACUGGAAUAAUUAAACUACGUAGAACAUAUAUUUGGAGCGUUUAGGAGGGUUCAAUGUUUUAAUCACAAGCUUCAUUUUUUGUUCCCUGAAAUAAAAUGACUCAUUUUAUAGCCUAGUUCCAAAGAAUUCUUUACAAAUUUCCAAACUUAAGGGCGAAACGUGCAUCUUUUUUGGGAAAACGUUAAGUUGAAGAUUCAUUCCUUGUUGUUUUAACAUUAUGUAAAUAUACGUUUUCACGUUCCUAUGGACAUCGUGUCCUACGUUUGGACAAUGUGUCGCCCUUGUAGACGAACAUUGUUAAAAUAUUCUUUGUUACUAUACUUACUAACUGGUUAAAAACAUACAUUUCAAAAAUUGAUGGGUAGAAGAUUCCAAAUUAAAUGGAGUAUCCACUAUUAAUACAAAAUCAGACUUAAUCCAAUAGCAGUUUGACUUUUUUGCUCUCAACGUCAAGCUAACAAAGCUCCUCUGAGUGCGAGUGACAUUACAGCUUUCAACGUCACCGUGUACCUGAGCGAAUUUUGCAGUUAAGCCUGGCAUGCGAAAAUAAUUCCUGUAAAACCUGCAUUUUAUAUAAAUAUUUGGACUCAUG